AAUUUUUAAUUCUGCAGUUAAAAUCUACUAUAGUACAAAUAUAUUAUAUUGUCUUGUCUAGGAUAUAUAUAGUAAUAGUAUUUAUUUUGGUUGAGUAGUCAUUCGAAAGAUUAGGCCAAAUAGCAUUCAGAUUUUGAGGUUAUGCUAGAUUUAAGACAGCGAAAAUGCGUUUGAUAACAGUUCUUCGUGCCCAACAUUUGGAUCGUAUGUUUAAAAAGCAUUGGGUUAUUCAAGGCCGCCGAAAAAUAAUAGAAACUGGGGCAGAAGCAGCACUCACCGCCAAAGGGAUACCUGUUAUUGAUGCAAGUGAAGCCAUAAAAGAAAAAAGGCAAAUAGAAAAAAUAGAUGUGAUUGGUAUAAUUCCAAAACCAAUAGCAUUUGAUGAGACUCAUCCAAAUUAUCACGAAAGAAAGUGCCAUUUCUUUAGAGAUCACAAUGUUCUCUUAGAAGGAGUAAAACAAAGUUUGGUUGUAACAAAGUCUAUACAGCUGAAAGAAAAUUCCUUACCAGAACAUUUAGAAAAUGAAAUCAGUAACACUGAGGUUCCAAACCGUGUACAUGACUUAGUUAAAAGAGCUAUUUUUAGUGCUAAUGUAUUUGAUACUGAACAAGAAAAGUUACCUAAAGUUACUGAUCCUUUGAGACCAGCUUUUAAUUUUCCUAGGCGACUUGGAAUAUCAGAUCAUAGGAGAAACUUCAUAUUAUCUUCCAAGCUGUUGAGAAUUUGUGAAAUGAGUUCAAAUAUUUUUUCGGAACGUAAUGUUUUAAAAAAUGCAUAUUUUUCUCUAUGUUUGGAAAAGGAUUCUGACUUAAUUCAAUUUGAAAUAAAUGCUGAAAAUUUUGUUAUUACGGAUAAACCUUUGAAACCUGUUGUAAAUGAUGUGGCAAAAACAGAAGCGAUCGAAUUGUAUAAUAUGUUUCCAAUAAAGUCAACAAUUACAAUGCCGCAGGAAAACAUUUAUGAGUUAAAUGAUGUUUAUCCUUUAACUCAAGUAGCAAAAAUGGAUGCACCUCAUACAAUAUUGUUAAAUUUUACUCCAACAUAUGUUCAUAAUUUAUAUGAAACACCCGUAACAACAGACCAGACAUUAGGAAGAUCUAUGAUAAAAAGUUUUACGAUAGCUGCAGCUUAUGCCAAGAAAAAAUAUGGGGAUGCUGUAGAAAUUUUGCCUCAACCUAUAACUGUUCAGUGUAUACAAACCGAUGGACGGUUGUUUGACUUUUCAGUAUUUCAAUUAAAUACAUUGAAUAUAAAUGGGAAUGAAGGAAUUAAAAAUAUAUGGUAUCAAACUGAACAAAUGCCAUUAUACAAUAUUUGUACAUAUGAGAAAGGAGUUCCUGUUCUUGAAGAAUAUAAUCCUGAAAUUAUUAAAUAUUUACUUACGUUUUAU